CGGCCCGCGGGCAGCGCGCGACCCCCGCGCUCCGGGCCCCGGGCUCGCCCCGCUCCCUUCCCGUCCCUUCCCGUCCCUUCCCUGGAGGCCGGGAUUACAUAACGGCGCCGGAGCGAGCAGCUGCAGGAUUACACCAUGCGGAUUAGGGAUUACGUUGAUUCAGCAGAUUGUCCUGUGCAUGUCUGAGAAAGAUUACACCAGCAGAGUUAAGAAUACCCGUUUGCUGUGAGCAAAGUGUAGCUGUGAGCCAGCUCAAGAGGACGCCUUUGGGUGGGGACCUUGCUGUUACAGCCCAGUAUCACAAGGAGCUGCCAUUUCAGAUUUUCUUGUAUGGACAGGACACUUAAAAAGCUAGAGAAGCCACCUGAGGUCCCAUGAAAACCAGAACCAUCUACUUAUAAAGUGCUGUUGCCUCUGACCAAGAACAAAAAUUGUUGUCGGAAUAAUAUGCGAACAGAUCAUGAAGAACUCUGUGGCACCAGUUAUGGAUCUUUUUGUCUAAAUGGAGGGAUUUGUUAUAUGAUUCCUACUGUAUCCAGUCCAUUCUGCAGGUGUAUCGAGAGUUACACAGGAGCUCGUUGUGAGGAAGUUUUGCUGCCCAGCAUCAAAUCCCAAACAAAAGGUGACCUGUUCGCAGCUUUCUUGGCUUCCCUUCUUCUUCUAGGAGUUCUUGUAAUUGGAGCAUUCUACUUCCUUUGCAGGAAAAUUUCCAUUCCAAGGACAAGUUCUUCAGAGUGUGGUGCCAACCUAGUUGAAACUACAAGCAGCAAUGGCUGCAACAAAAUAACAACAGCCUAAAGCAUUAGAGUGGAAGAGUGGUGGGGAAACAACAUGCAGAGCAAGCCUAAGAAUCUAAGUUGAAGAGGGUGACAUGGUGAGUAAGAUGAGGGAAGAAAGUUGACCGAAACAGAAGGCUGACAUGUUGGAGAAGAUUACAUCUAAAACUUGAACAGUUGCACCUAAUGGAGUUUCUGUGUACUUUAAAAGCUGUAUCAAUUAUACAGAAAUGACUGUAAUUUAUGUUUGAAUUUUGUGACAUUUUUUAUGGUUUUCAAUAAUGCACAGGUAGAUGCAGGAGAGAAUUUUGGGUUUUACUACAUGGGAAAUAAAUACAGUAUUUUUUUUCACUGCACAGAGAAUAUGAGAUAUCACAGGAUUUUAGUGUGAGGUGGAACUAUGAAUUUUUGAUAGGCGUUUUUAAUUUUUCACAGGAUUUGCCCAGAGGAGCUGAAGCUUGUCUUGAUUCAAUAGUUUCAAAAUUUAUAUUGUUAUACAUGUCCAGAAUCUGGCUUGUUUCAGAUACCCAUACCAGAUGCAGGGGAAAAUCCCCAACCUUUCUCCUAGCUAAUAUAUAUGGUUUGUUUAUUUUUAAAAAAAUUGUAA